AUGAUGAAUCUCGGGUCGUCACUGAUGUUGAGUCGUCGAUCUCACAAACGACUGGGUGAAGAUCAAAUUCGAUCUGGAAUUUGCGACCUGAUCGGUCGUCCAGCAGCGAUAUCAAAGGAAUGGGCACUUCGUUUCUUCCCUUCGCUGUUGUAUCGGUCUUCCCGGUCAUCCCAAAGAAACUCAGGCGGGAUCCAUGGUGAAUUCAUAGAUGCAAUUGACCGUAAUUCAAGCAAUGUGACUGAAUUGAACCGAGGGAAGAAAUACAUUGGGCAUCGGGGUAUUCACGAUCAGGAAAGCACAUUGAAGACAAGUGAUGCUCCAGUAGAGAAAGCAACAGGUCAAGACGAGGACUCCAAGAAACUCCUAGCGGUCUACUCCGUCAACCAGAACAAUCUUUCAGUAGUCGAGACUCCUAUCAAGCUUUGCUCCAACCCUACUGUCGAACGGAUGAAUCCUGCUCUAGAUCCUAAAGAUGAAGAAUACCAGCUACGGGCAAAUUUUGGCAGUCAAGAAGAUUUCAAAGGCCAUCAAGCAUAUACAGUCAAUGUGGGAAAUCAGCGGAAGCAGUCGAGGUCAAACACUUCGCCAACUAUGACUGGAUCAAAGCCUAGUUCUAGAGUUGAAAAAAGGGGAAGGCGUAAAGACACCAACGACCAGAAGAAUGAUGGAACUAGCUCAUCCCGUAAAAGAAACCGCCCACCUCAGUUUCCAGAGCAUGAUUCAGAAUCAAACCAGAGGUUUGCCUGUCCUUUCUUCUUGCAAGAUCGUGCCAAGCAUCUCAACUGCUUGCACUUUCAACUGAAAAGAGUGAAGGAUGUUAAGCAACACAUCUUCCGGAAACACCGCUUUCACUGUUCAAACUGUUACGAGAUCUUCCCAGAUGGACAGGAGCUCGAUGACCAUCGAAAAGUAAUCACAUGCCAAGCCAACACCUGGCCACGCGACGAAGCUAUCGGAAGUAGUAUAUCAAAUCAGCAAAAGGAUCAGCUAGGCGUAAGGGCAUCUUCUAGUCUCACCGAGAAAGAUCAAUGGUUCAGCGUAUGGAAGAUUAUCUUCCCGCACUUGGAACAGCCUCCUUCUCCUUACCUGAAAAGUGAAGUUGAAGAGGGCAUUCUAAUGGUUCGUGAUCUUCUGGCUAGACAUGGAUCGUUGGCAUUAUCAUUAUCGAGCCUCAACCACACAGUCAGCUUCGAAGAAAUGUCGUCAAAUACCAUGCCGGAGCCACGCAACAUGGCGGCAAAUUUGAUAGAUGAUAAUGCCGCUGGAUCAACAAUCGGAACCUUGGACCUGGUUCUCGCAUCACUUUCUGAAGUGACUGUUGGGAACUCAGAGUGUGCUCCUUCAAGUUCCCACAUCUCAGAUGCAGAGGUUUCGUCCCCACAGAACUGGGAUUUGGCAACAGCCCGGGUUGAACCCUCCAUAAACCAAGACAACAAUGUGGGAAUCAUUGAUCAAAACGCACCGUGGUGUGAGCUCCUGGCCGAUAGCACUGUUCAGAAUGAAAGGAGUGAACCCGACUAUUUUGGGACUGUAGAGUCGCUGUAUCAGCCAUCGAUUCAACUCGGUGACAUAAACAUACAACAACAUCUGACAGAAGCUGUGGGCACGCAGUGGGAUGGAUAUGUUGGAAUCGAUGCAAUGUUUACAACUCCCAGCCAACAGGAACAAGGAAUUUCCUCAUGGGAAGACUACCUAGUCGGACCGCAUGAUUUGAGUUUUGCAGACGACCAAGCAACCGAACGAAAUCUACUUUAA